UGAUGAGAGCUACUGUAUUGAGUCUGAAUAUUGGCAAGCAUUUCUCCUUCCCUGCUGUGUGCUAGGCCCCAGGCUUAAUUGCUAUCUUGUAACCAUUUUCUGCACACCAUAAGAUCAGGUUUCAGUUUAGGCUUGCUACUUUAGCACCAUUGUGGGUUGACAGACAGUUGGCUGCUAUGGAUUCUCCAGAUACUGCUCAGUCCCUUCGGGCCCCGAAAUGUUCACGCUGUCGGAACCAUGGCUUUGUGGUGCCUGUGAAGGGCCAUGCAGGCAAUUGCCGCUGGAAGCAGUGCCCAUGUGAGAAAUGUGCUCUGAUUACUGAACGCCAGAAGAUCAUGGCUGCCCAGAAGGCCUUGAAGAGGCAGGGACCAGAUUCACCACCAAGGGAAGAACUGCCAUCUACUCAGGGCAGCCCCAGUGAUGAUCAAGUGGCAACCACAGCGAGAAGUAAGAAACAGUCAAGACUGAGUGCUUCAGAACCUCCUACCUAUGAGUCUGUUGCUGAGCAUGAAGGAGCCAAGAUACCUGUGGAAAUCACUCAGCCUGCUAGAACAGGGAACGACCAAGAACUGCCAAAACCUAGCUCUCCAACCUUCAUAGAUUUAGACCAUCCUACUUUGCCUCAAGAAUGUUUUCCAGUGUGUCCAGAAUUUGUGGAGAGAGUGCCUCACAAAGUGUAUUCUGGGUACUCUGGAAUGUAUCCUUAUCAUCCGUUUCCUGUGGGAUUCACCAUCAGUCAGCCUGGUUACAGAAGUCCACCAUCUGCACCCAUUUUACCACUACCAACCAAUUUCAGACAUGGGCCAGGAAAUGUUGGUUCUAUGCCAAUACAAGAUGCAGGUGGUGAUUUUCGACCAGGUUAUUAUACUCCACUAUCACCUUUCAUUCCUCGGGGCUUUCUACCAGGGAUUCACUAUAUUCCACCACCUCUCCAACUGAACGUUUUGACUGAAGCUACAAAGGAAACACCUGGUGCUUCUGUGGAUAGUCAAGAUUCUGGAGUGAUGAGUGAACACAGCCAGCUGUCUUCUCAGGAAGAUGUCAAUGAAGAUGGUUCUAAACAUUAAAUGCACAAAUAAUCCAUGCUGAAAUUUUACCUUCAAGUGGUGGCUUCCUAUGAAGUAUUAUUUUCUUAAGAGGCUCGACUACCACCUAUCCUAAAGCAGCCAUAUCAUUUUAGAAUUUCAUAAUGUUUAGGUCAUUAGGUUCACUUCUGUUAUCUCAUGUCCUAUCUACAUAGUAAUUUCUCUCACAUAGUUCAGUUUACUGGAAGUUGAAAAAUAGUAUAUUGACCCCGUCAUAGUCCCCUCAUGACCAUAUGGCAGGUGGUCUGAAAGGAUUAGUGCAGAUUGUGGGAGAUCAGAUGUGCUAAACCAGUGGUCAUCAACCCCAGGUCUGUGGCCCAGUGCUGAUCCGUGGGCUUGCUGGAAUAGGGCCGUGGAUACGGAUCUCCGCCCCCCCAUGCAUGCGCAUAGGUAUGUCACGCUCGCAGGGGCGUGUAGCGCUUGCAUGCAUGUGCGACACCCUCUGUGAGCGUGAUACGCCCAUCAUGCGAGCGUGACGAGGCCCCCUCUUGCACAUGGAGCUUGCUCCCAGCCAGUCUGCAGCCCCAAAAAGGUUGGGGACCACUGUGCUAAACAACUAAAGCUGAUCACUAGAAAGUCCUGUAUACACAAGAAUGCUACAUUGCAGCCUGUCUCCUAGUUCUGAAAGUUAAUUAGGGCUGCUGCACUGCAUUGUAUGCUUCUGUCUUGUAUGUUUAGUUAAUGCUUGCUGUGGUAACAUUUAUUUUAGCAGUAUGAAAAUCUUCACCUUCUAAUUCUUCCAUACCAAUUGCUGUUUGAAAACUGAGGAGCAAGCUGAUUCUGUUUCUAACUAGUUAGUUGCUCUGGCUCUAUAUGAAGUUAUAACAAUUUGUUGAUUUCUGACAUCAAAAUAGGAUUAUGUGUUUUAUGAGCAAAAUUUUAUGGGUAGAGGCUCUGAAUAGGUGUAGGAUUGCAUAACAUAUAUUUACAGCUAUGUAACAAAUGGAGAGCAAGGAAGUCAGCUUUCCCCAAACUGGUACUUUCUGGAUAUGUUGGACUUGUAUUACAAGUCAUAUAAUCCCAUGCUGGUUGGGGAUGAUGGGUUCUGCAUAUUCAGAAGGUAUCUAAAUUGUUAUGCACUUAUGCAAAAGCUGCAGUGUGUUGAAUUUAUUUCUGGAGUGUGCUGGCUUACUAUAUAGCACCUUAAUAGAGUGAUGAUUAAUAUAGUUUAAAAGUUGAGCUUCAAGAGACAGCAGAGUUAAUAAAUAGCUAUGAUUAAAAUUUGAAUGCAUGUUUAUUUUUGGACUCUAUUCCGAAAAAGGAAAGAAGACGUGUCAGGUGAACUCCAAAGUACUUGUAAAUUGUCUUUAGCAGGGAUCCAUUUUCAGCAGAGCAACAGAACAGUGUGUGAGGUUUUCUUUUUCAUAAAUCUGUUGUUUUUUUAAAUCAGGGCUGCGUUACACAUAAAUGUGUAGUUGCUGCUAUAUGAACCCCAAAUAAGAAAGGGAAGGAAAGAAGACCUUAACCAUUAUUAUUUCUAUGGAAGAGGAAAGGAAGUUGAUAUUAUAAAUGAGCUCCCUUCAAUAUAAUUCUUGCCCUCGUUUCAUCUGGUCAUUCACACACAGCAGGAGUUAGCUCUGAAUGAAGACAAUCUUAUUUUUCAACCAGAAACUGAUGGGAUAUUUCCCCUAGAUCUGUCUGCUUUAAGUGAUUUCAUCCUUGUAAAGUAAGAGCACAAUAACAGCUUGCCAACUGUGGAGACCCAAGGUGCAUCUUCUUUACCAGUUGUUAUUGCCUUUGCCCAGUAUUUCUAUAAUAGCCUAAGAAGGAAAGAAUAAGGAAACCUGCAUUGUUCAGUUUAUAGUUCUAAUUUACUUCUUUAAUUUGGAGAAUAGUAGCACUUUUGUAAGAAAAAAAUACAGUUUUUAUCUAGUGUGAUUAGGAAAGAUCAGAACCUUUGUAACAA